CCUAACUUGGCGGAUGCCAUCCCGCCUCCUGGGCCCCGGCUAUGCAGAGGAGCAUCCGGUUGUCAUCAAUCACUACAACAACCACGAGGUCAAGCUGGCGCUGGACCAUGCUCUGCAGCAGAUCGCCACUCUGGACUACGACUUCAAGCAGAGCUUUGUCCACACAGAUGUCAAGCUGGCCUCGGGAUACGGCUGCGUCCUGUGUUCGCUCGUGGCCUUUGGAUACAACUACAUCUACCCAUUCGAGCAGUCCAAGCCUGUGAUCUGGGCCUGCGUCGCUCUCUACUUUGUCUUCAACGCCAUAUUCACUCUGUACGGAUAUCUGGUCGAGAAAAACGCAAUCUUUGUCGGACACAAGAAGCUCGCGGAUGGCAAGACCGAGGCCAAGCUCACCAUCAACACGAUUCAGAAAAAGUACUCGUCCGAGUUUACGAUCGAGGUCAUCUAUUCGGUACAGGGCAAGAGCAAAUCAGCAAAGAUACACAAGAGCAUCGGCGGCUGGUUCGAUGUCGCUGGCCAGCUCUCCGGAAAGCACUUUCACGCCGAUGUGGAGAGCCUAUUUGUGUCGAUCCUUGGCAAGUCCGAAUAAAAGCACCGCUCGGCGUGCACCAGGCACAAGAGCCGGUCGAUGCAACCCUCGGCUGCAGCGAGUGCGGAAGUGAACUUGUGCAGGCGGCAGCACGG